CUCUAUGACAGUAGUGCAACUUGUAUCUGGGUUCGUCCUCCCCCUCUCUCCAGCUGGGGUAGUACCAUCCAGCGAGUGUGACGAGGGUGAAGGUUCCGCUUCCGGUGGCGUUUCCGUGUUUUUCUCUGUAUCAGAGCCAUGGAGGGGAAGUGGACAGAACUGCCUGGCACUGUGGCGCUGCUUCUCCUGAUCAGCCCGGGUAUUGCUUGGGCCAGUUACACCAGCGCCCCUGCGCCUCCUGCCGCUAUAGCUUGCAGCUUCUAUUCUGGAAGGUCCUGCGAAGAAUGCCUGAAAAAUGUCUCUUGCUUUUGGUGUAUAACCAACAACACUUGUUUGGACUACCCAGUGAGGAACAUUUUUCCGCCAUCCUCUCUUUGUGCAAUGUCAGCAGCUAGAUGGGGUGCUUGCUGGAUCAACUUUGAGGCACUGAUCAUCACAAUAUCCGUGAUUGUGGGACUCCUCAUACUGAGCAUCACAGUCUGUUGCUGCUACUGUUGCUACUGCAGGAAACGCUCCAAUUCCCUAAUGAGAAUGGAAGCAGAAGAAGAAAAUCUUAUACGCGAGCGUGAAAGGAGGAAACAAGAAGCUCUUCAGAGAAAGAAUGAAAGGACUGUAAAACAUAAUGAGAUUCGGAAGAAAUACGGCCUCCUACAAGACAUGGAUCAUCCCUACAGCCGAUAUGAAAACGAGUGAACGGAAUCGGGAACGCUGCAAGCAAGAGAAUCAUACGAGUGAUUUCAAAUUGCAGUCGAUGGUGCCCAUCUUAGGCUUUCACUUUCCCUGCCAUGUUUAAGGAUAUCCUAAUGCAAACAUUAGUACAAUGCCGUGAAUGUGCACCUUUUACUAAGAUUGUUUUAGAGUAAGUGAUCAUUAGAGUAAGCUCACUGAGGAGACAUCACUCAGCCGGCACCAGGGGAAUGGGGUUUUACUUGUUUCCUUCCUUCUUAUCAAUGCUGUGCAGCUGAAGCCUGAGACAUUCCAUGUUUUUAGAGAAGAAUCCAUAUAGACCUUAUUGCAGUCUCAAUGUAUUAAACAGCAUUGUCUUGUUAUUUUGCACUUUCUGUGGGGACUGGUCAUAUGCAAAUGCUUGCACUAUCAUCAGUAUGCCGUUUUGUGAUUAGUUAUACACUGCAUUUUCUUUUAAUGACAAUAUGAAAUCAUGGCGGAAAAAAAGAGUUUAGGGAUCUGCAAAUCCAGCUGGUUAGUUUCCGGCUCCCAUUAGCUUGCCUAGUCGAUAUCGCAUGACUGCUCGCUCGUUUAGAACCAUCAGCAAAAGAUUUACAUUUAUUUUUUGAGAGAAUCGGAAUAUUCUAUAAGUUGAGGAAAAUGUGAAGAUUUGCUGCAUGGAGAAGUAAGUUACAUUUUUAUUGUAUUGCUUGUUCUCUCUAUGUUUUUGUACAAUGCAGAAAGCGAAGAAAUGUAGCUUGUUUCUAAAUAUCACUUGUUUUGCAUGUGUUUUACUUUCAAAAAGAAGCGUAAAUAUUGUAUAGGUCAGAGAAAUCCCUUUCCUCCAUAUUAACCGUAGGGCUGCAAUGUUGCUUUCCUCAAGGCAUUUCCAUAGGGCUUUAUGUGCCGUGUACUAGAAACAGGAGUUAUUAUCCUGAUGUUUUUGCAAAAUGCUUUGUCUGAGGCAAGUACAUUACAGGGGGGCAUGUAUCUGUCAGCUCCACAGCCAAAGAAAGAUCCUUGAGUUGAGAGUUAGGGGGUUAUUUAUUAAAGUCCAAUUGCGAAAAAUUCAUGGUUUUUUUUAACUAUAAAAUGUAAAUAUUUAGUCAAAAAAAAAAUUAAAUUUUUUGUGAUUUAUUAUACCCCGAGGAUGGAAAAAGUCAGAAUCCGAAAAUCCGGCAUCUUAGACCUGCCGAGGUUGUAUACAAGUCAAUAGGAGCAGUCCCAAAGAUCUGUGCUGGGUUUCGUACAAUCCAAAUUUUUCAUGAGUUUUUCAAGUUUUUUCCUGCACAGGAAAUUUUCGGGAAAAUGUAUUGAUAAAUAAGGGGAAAUAACCCGUGUGGAUUUGGCCAGAGUAUAUUUCAGAAAUAAAUGAGAUAUUUUCAGAUUUUGAUAAAUAACCCCCUAAGUGUUGGCAAAGAUGCCCAUCUCAUUUACGGAUGCACCGAAUCCAGGAUUCGAUUUGGAAUUCAGCCUAUUUCAGCAGGAUUCGGCCAAAUCCAAAAAAUCACGUGACUUUUCAUCACACCAAUAAAUAAGUAAAAAAACGUUUGUUUUUUUGUUUUUUUCCUCUCCCCUUAUUUCCCUAAUUUGCAUUGAGUUCUUAUUCAGGGAAUCUUUCACAAAGGAAUGGGGAUUCGGGCCAAAUCCUAAAAUAGUGGAUUCGAUGCAUCUGUAAUAUUUUUACUUUUCAGAGUGUUAUCUUGGUUGGGACUAGUAAAUGUCUUCCACUGUCUAUGGUGAAAUACCAAGGUCAAUAAAUGAUAUGUAUUAAUAAGGUACAUUUUCAAUUGAAACAUUUCAUUUUAGGUUCUAGGAGUGUUUGCGACUGGGAUCCUGUAGAAAUAGCAGUGCGUCAUUUUCAGUCUGUCACAAAUGAUUUUGUUUGCCACCUACAAAUAUAUGUGUAUAUGUAUAAUGAGCACUUUUCUUAAUUAAACACUUUUUUCUUU